GGCAUUUAUAGGUAGACACGCACACACACAAAAAAAAACAAGGAAAAAAGUAAAGUUCUCUAGUAAACACAAGGAGAUUACAAACAACUGAAGGAAGGCAGUUGGGAAAACGUCAAAAUUUUUAUUUCGCUUUUGGUCGUUUCUUUGGUUUUUCGGUGUCGAACGCAAGAAAAAAAAACACGUGAAAUAAGAGCUUUCAGUUGUUCAAACAAACUUGUCAAAAGCGGCCACUACUUGAUAAUAUAAAAUCAGUGGAAAGCAGAAACGACUUUCCUUACUUUUAUUUAUCUCUUCUCGGAUAGACGGAUAAUCCAAUUUGUUGAAGAUAACGGAAUCAAAUAGACAAAAACCUAUCCCGACUAAAUCAGAAGAAUAACCACCAUCAUUGGUUAGAAGAAUAAAAUUGAAUUAGAAGAAAAAGAAAAAUCAGAAAAUUUAAUCACUUAACAUCAGAAGAAGAAAAAGAAGACAGAAAUACUGAAAGAAUUCUCUUAUUGAAGGUGGAAAAUUCAAUUAAAUUUCUUUCGCCUCUUCACAUUUUCUUGUGUACGAUUUCUGUGGGAAAUAAAUUGAAAAUUUUUCUCGCAUUCUUUUCGAUACUGAUACGUAAUAUUUUAAAAAUUAAAAGCCACUUCUGUCAAUCAAGUUAUCAUCAUUUAACACAUUAAUUUCAAACGGAGGUCGUAACUGCAGUAGCGAGGAUUUCUAGCCACUCAACCAAAACCCGAAAAUGGUGUAUCGAGCAGUAAAUAAUGCGUGAAGCCUUCCCUCCUUGUCUUCCAAUUGCAAACAGUUCUGGAAUUGAAAAUAACAACAAUAAUCACAAAGAGUGUAACUUUAACCAUACAACACAUACAAAUAACAACAAUUGUCAUAAAGAAAAAGAUUUAAAUAUUGAUCGAAACAAUGAAAUUACCAAAGAUAUAUCGAAUAAUGAGACAGAGAAGAUUUGCUUUGAUUCUGAUGAAGCGCAAAGCCUCAUAGCAUCAUUAACAUCGACAGCCCCUUUCUCCAGCGAUUUAGAAGAGUUACAGAACAUUCUGCACUUUCCGGAGGAGGUGGCUUUACGACUUACUGAUGCCGAGUAUCAGUUAUAUUAUCAGACUUCAGUUGCCGAUUUCAUUAUUGAGUCAAUUUAUGAUUUACAAGGGAAGGUCAACGAUGAGCGCGUAAAUUCUCCAAUACGAAAUCUUCGGAAGCGUUUCGAUGAUGUAUGUUCAUGGACAACUUAUAUUGUGCUUUCUCAACUUCUGCCCGACGAGCGACGUGCUGCUUUUGGAUGCCUUCUUCGUGUCGCUAUAACAUGUUGGAAUAUCGGAAACUUCAUUGGUGCAAAGGAAAUUAUUACAGGUCUUAGAUUUCUCCAGAACAAAUCAUUUUGGCCGUCAAUUACCGAUCGACAGAAAAUUUCAGUGUAUGAAUUUCUAUGUUCCGCAUUCGAUUCAGCUGUUUACGAGACAAACCUUGCCCGUUCUUUGGAAAUUCCAACAUGUCGUGUCAUUCCGUACUUCAAAAGUUAUCUCGACAAAUUGAAAACCGCCUUAUCAUCGUCCACAAAUUUUUCGUUUACAUCGGGAACGAUUGAGGAAAUAUGUGCAAAGCUAAAAAAGCGGGAAAACAUACCCGACACGGAAUGCUUGGAACAGAUGGAAAUGAUAAAGAAUGAAAUCGACUUAUUUUUGGAACAUCAUCAAGCAUUGUGUCAACAAACAUCGCCUAGUUUAUUAGAUUAUUUGAGACAAGCAUCGAACACACCGAGACAAUUGAACAAUGAAUUGAAUCAAACAUUACAUGAAGUCGACGAAGAUUACGAAUUAGAGAUUGGAAAUUAUAACCCAGUACAAACGCUAUUUAAUGAUCAUGGCAUAAGUUUAAUUUCAUUAUCGUCUACUAGUUACAACAAAAUCGAUCAUCAUUUAUUGCAAAUAUUACAUCAUGGAACAACUGCUGUGUUGUGGGAACCAGACACACAGACCGGUUCGUCCUAUGUCUAUUUUCGAUUGGAAAGAUGCUGCUCAAUUGUUUCAUGGCAACGGCCAGCAUGGCGACGAAUCAAAUCUCAAAUGGAUUUCAAUGUCUCGAUUAAUCCUGAAGAGAAUGUCGUACCACGAACUGUCACUAAGCCAGUCUAUAAUAUGAAUGAUAUCGAUGGAAUUUUCCACACACUUGAUGAAGGAAUUCUUGAUUUAGCCACAGUUAAAGACAUUUCAAUGGGGUCACGCAAUCAAGACUACAAUCAAGACAUUCUUGCUGCUGGACGUCGUUAUGGUUUAACUCAUGUUGAAAGUUGCGUUUCUAUUCUCUACGGUACCUCACUCAAUGAGAAUCGGAUUCUUUGCAUCCUCUGCCCUCCAAUGUUAGCUAGAUUAUGGUAUGUUGGUUUAACAUGCAUGCUACGUGGCAUCCGAAAGCAAAUUAGUUUAGUCGAUCGAUCGAUGCUAUGGCUGAAGGAACUCUACAUUCAACUUUAUUAUGAGAAUGGUGGAUGUGAACCUUUGGCAUCUGACGCCCUCAGAGCAUUUGGUGGCACCGACUACUCAUUUAUUUCGACGACGACGUCUACACCAGAUUCUGUUCAUAGCGUAAAAAAAGAUUUCCCUCAACAACAAAGCACCCAACCACAAACACCCCAGUCAACGCCAACGACAAGUAUGAAAAAGAAAAGGUCGGUGGUGAAUCUCUUAAGUUACAACAAUUUAUCUGAGCUGCUGACCCAAAAACAAUCUUCAUCCUCAAACCCUAGCCAACAACUUCAACAGCAAACGCUUCAAUCGCAAAAUACGCAACAGACAACUCAAAUUCAACAGCAGUCGAUUCCUUCAUCUCUUUGUGAUACAAAUACAGCUUCAUCAAAACAUUAUAGCGCAUUUAAUAACAUAUCAUUUGAUACUAAUUUAGAUUUUCUAUCAUUUGUAUCACUCUAUCGGUCGUUUAGUCUAAUUGCACGAAAGGAUUUACGUGAUAUAUUUGACCAAUUAUCAGUAACUAGGAAAAGUAAAAUUACAUUAAAUAGUGAUAAAAGCCGAAGUGCACCUGAGCUAUUCCAAAUACCUGAGAAAAGAAAAAUUGGACUUCUCACUCGAAACAAUUCGUUGGACUUUGAGUUGUCGGAAGCCAAAUAUUCACAGAAGAAAUUGUUUAACACGCUUAUUAGGAAUUUCGGUUACUGUGGCAACUACAGUCCCUUGACGGCGAUGCAAAUUUCAAGCGGCAAUCCAUCAAUGUCGAAUAACACACAAGUUAUUACUCUUGACACCUUCAAGAAGUUUUUGGAAACUCGACAAAUGGAUUCGAAAAACGAAGCUGAAAUCAAAAUGAUAAUUGAGCGUCAUGAACCCGAUCAAUACCUUCGAGUUGAAAAUCUUUUGAGUUUCGAAGGUUUUGCGAGAUAUAUGAUGGAUAAAGACAACUACGCGAUGACAAAGACCGUCUGCCCAUCGAAAAUGGCUGAACAAAUGAAUAUGAAUUUGCCAAUGUCGCAUUAUUUCAUAGCGACGUCACACAACACUUAUUUAACGGGCCAUCAACUCAAAGGCGAAAGCUCAGUGGAGCUCUACAGUCAGGUUUUACUUACGGGUUGUCGAUGUGUGGAAUUGGAUUGUUGGGAUGGCGACGACGGCUACCCAAUAAUUUAUCACGGUCAUACUUUCACGUCGAAAAUUCCAUUUCGAGCUGUCGUUGAUGCCAUCAAUAAAUCAGCAUUUGUUGCUAGUCCAUAUCCUGUGAUUUUAUCAAUUGAAAACCACUGUUCCAUGCAACAGCAAAUUCGAAUGGCACAAAUAUUUCAGACGACAUUUGGCGAUAAGCUGAUAACAAAAUAUAUGUUUGACAUCGACUACACUGAUGAACCAUAUCUGCCGGCGCCGGAACAACUGAAAUACAAAAUUAUUAUCAAGAACAAAAAGAUAUUAGGGGAUUUGCCACUAGGCAUCAGCUCACCAAGAAGUCCCUACAUGAGACAGAGUAAUUUGAGUGGGCGUGCAAGUUCCAUCAUAUCAAAUAGCUCUGCUGGGUCACUUAACGAAGAUUUCGAGGAUAGCGACUAUGAGGAUGAUGAUGACAUCGAUAAUUUUGAUGAUAAAACGUAUAACAUCUGGGGUUCAGUGGACGACAAAUACACUCGACACAGUAUAACAUCGUUUACGGCAAAUGUGCGAAAACUUGAAAUGGAAGAACGUUCAAAGAAGCGAAGUAAUCAGAUCGCAAGGGAACUUUCUGACCUCGUCACUUAUAUUCAGGCAAUCAAGUUUCGUGGACUUAACCCUUGGAUACAUUUCAAUCUCAAUCAAAGGAAUGGAACGAGUACACCUUCGGGCGCAUUAUCAUCAUCAUCCUCAACCAUUAUCACGCAAUCGACAGGCAAUGUAUCAUCAACAAUAAGCACGUCGAAUACAAUAACAAGUUCAAGUAUAAAAAUCUUCACAACUGGCGAUGGAAACAAUGAAUCGGAAUCGAAUACAUCAAGCGAACAAGAGCUUACAUCUACAAACGCUUCGACAUCAUAUCAGCAACAUGGCAGUGGCAACAACAUAACAGUUCACAAAAAAUAUCCGAUCGCAAAUGUUAAUCAUCCAUGUUAUCAAUGUGCAUCGAUUAAUGAAGCAAAUGCGAAAAAAAUUUGUCGUAAACAUCCUUUGGCUGUAAUAGCACAUACAGAAACUCAACUCAUCCGCACAUAUCCGGCUGGUCUUCGUAUCGAUUCAUCGAACUUUAAUCCAGUGUUUUUCUGGAGUUUCGGCAUGCAAAUGGUAGCAUUAAAUUAUCAAACAGAAGAUUUACCUAUGCACAUUAAUCGGGCGAUGUUUGAACAGUCAAACAAUCAUGGCUAUGUAUGUAAGCCAAGCAUCAUGUGGAAUCGUUCACAUCUCAUGUAUCGUCGUUUCAAUCCGCUUGAGAAAGAAUUUGAUGGACUUCAUACAACACAAAUCGUUAUAAAUGUUGUCAGUGGACAGUAUUUGAACCAAAAUAAUUUGUUAUCUAGUCCCUAUAUUGAAAUAGAAAUAAUUGGAAUCCCUGGUGAUUGUUGUAAGCGUAAAACGAAAGCAAUAAUGCGUAAUGCUUUCAAUCCGAUUUGGAAUGAAACAUUUUAUUUUCGAGUUAAUUUCAUCGAUUUAGCCUUUAUUCGCUUUGCUGUUUAUGACUCUGAUGGUGGUUUUAUGCUUGCACAACGCGUCAUGUCAAUUAAGGCGCUACGGUCAGGAUAUCGACAUGUUUGUCUCAGAUCGUCAACAAACUUGUUACUUAACAUGGCAUCACUGUUCAUCUAUUCAAGAAUCGAAGAAGAAACGAUUGACAGUUGCUACGCUGAUGAGACGUUGAUGGAUCGAACAAAAACCAACUUAUUGGUAAUGGAAUCAAAGCUUUUGAACAAUCAAUUGAACGACAAUGACAAAGGAAAGAGAAAGACUUUCUUCCUUACGGUAUAUGGCGUGACGCCUGACGAACCUUACACCAUUCUUAAAGUCAUUCAAGAAAGCACAACAAAAGAUGUCUUACAACAAGCCUUGAUUAAAGGUGGAAUUCCUUUAGAGAAUCUCAAUGACUUUGUACUUGUUGAAGAAGUUUAUCCGUCAUGGGAAAAGAAGGAUCGUUUGCAGCCUCCAAAGCAGAGAAUGUUAGAUGCAACAGAAAAGCCUUUACAAGCACAAGGUAAAUGGAAGGGCGAAGGAAGAUUUAUUCUAAAGAAAAUUGGAGAUGAUCCAAGUAGUCGUGCAUGGUUAACAUCCGUACGAAGAGUGGGUGCGACAAUCGAGAAACAAUCCGAUUACAUGUCAACAAAUGUUAAUCUUAAAGCAUCAAAAUCGUCAGGUGCAGCGACAACACCACAAUCAGGGGAUUUAGCGCUUGUCGAAAACGUUGAACAUUACGUGGUGUGUGUUUACAAUGUUUCACCAGAUAUUCCAUACGCAAUGUUACGAGUACCAUUGAAAGCAACAGCACAAGAUGUUCUCGCUCAAGCUCUUCUUAAAGCGCGUCGAUUUGACAAUCCAAAUAAUUUUCUCCUACUUGAAGAGAUUCAACCUAACAAUGCUAAUACGCCAAUCCAUCAGCGAAUUCUUCAACAAGAUGAAAACGUUUAUAAGACACAAGCGAACUGGAAAACGCUUGGUCGAUUCAUCAUUCAAGAACGAACACAAUCGACACCAUCAAUAUUAAGGAAAGUGAAAUCAAUCGAUAAAGGUAAAGGAUUGGGAAUAUCACGUCCGUCAAAAUUUCCAAUUCAAUCAAUGCUGAGCGAUCCAACAACAUCACGAAUUAAAACGAAAUCGGAUACACAUGCUGAUCGAAAGACCAAACAUCAUCAUCAUCAUCAUAAAUAUAGCCCAGAACAGCGCGAUCUUAUGGACUUUCCGUAUAGUCAUCGAUCACAUUAUUCAGAAGGUGAAACACUCAGCGAAGAAGAGUCGAAAGAUGAUUUCUUAUCAACUAUAACGCGUCUCAAACGAAUGUCUAUGAAAAAAAUUAAAUCAUGGAAGAAUUGAGAAAGAAAAUAUUUAUAAGAAAAAAUCAGAAAAGAAAACUCAAACACAUCAUUUUCCAUAACAUUUUCUUAUCAAAUAUCUCUUCUACAUUUCCUAUCUCUCUCUAUCUCUAUCUCUCUCUAUACUUCUAUUCCGUUGUUCCUGAUUAUAAUAAAGAAUAAAGAAAGAAGUUCAUUUUUGGCAUUGUUGUUCUACGGAAAAAUAUGAAAAACAAAAGAAUUAAAAUUUUUAUGAAAAUAAGGAAACGUAGUUUAUUUCUCUACAUGAAAAUAUUUUUGUAUUUAACACGUGACAUGUGGUGGUAUGAAAGCAUCUUUUUAAAUGAAAAAAUAAUAAAAAAAAUAAAUAAACAUAAAAGCUCUUCUCUUUGAACAUGGAAAAUUUUAUUAACAAUUUUGUGAUUUAAGAAAAUGAAAAUUGAAAACACACAAAACAUGAAAAAUUAAGAAGUUAUGAAUCGAUUCCUUUUGAGAAAUUAAAACAUUUGAAAAUAAAAAGUCGUUAAUCUAAAACCCAAAAGUUUUAUGUUUUUUAUUUAAUUAUUUAAU